AUGGAGGAAGGUGGUUAUGCUCAUGAUGUGGAAACCAAGGUCUCUGCUCUAAUGGCAAGUGUUGAUCAUCUUCCAAUGUUUGGAUCUGGGUCUGGUCAUCAUGAUAAUAGGUACUUAUCGGCGUAUGUGCCUCUUCUUGGUGUUAACUGGAAGAAGAGAAGGAUGCCUAGGCAGAGACGCUCGUCUUCUUCCUUUAACCUUCUCUCCUUUCCUACUUUGCCUCCCUCUUCCCACGUGCCGACUCCUCUUCCCGCACGUAAAAUAGACACAGGAAAGCUAAGAUUCCUAUUCCAAAAGGAAUUGAAGAACAGUGAUGUCAGCUCCCUCCGCCGAAUGAUACUCCCCAAGAGAGCAGCGGAGGCUCACUUGCCAGCGUUGGAAUACAAGGAAGGGAUACCUUUAGAUAUGGAAGAUUUGGAUGGUGUUCACGUUUGGACCUUCAAGUACAGGUUCUGGCCUAACAACAAUAGCAGAAUGUACGUGCUCGAAAACACAGGGGACUUUGUGAAUGCUCAUGGUGUGCAGCCGGGUGACUUCAUCAUGUUCUACCGAUAUAUUGACUCUUACGAAUACGUGAUACAAGCAAAAAAGGCGUACGAAGAAGAAGACAUAAUUAACGUGGACGAAGAUGACGUUUACACAAACUUAACAAGGAUUGAAAACACUGUGGUUAACGAUCUUCCACUCCAAGAUUAUAAUCAACAUUACAACAACAACAACAACAACAACGGAAAGUGUUCUCACGUUUACCCCAUCUUCGAUGACGUCACCACUCAAACCACCACCGGGCCUUUCGUCUACGACACGACGGCUCUCAGCUCUAACGACACUCCUCUCGAUUAUUUGGGUGGGCUCGCGACGACAUCAUCGACUAAUAGUUAUUACUCCGACUUCGGAUCAUUCGAGGGUUUUGGCUCAGUCGAGAAUAUCUCCCUCGAUGACUUCUAGUAAAAUCGGAUUCAUCGAUGGUGAUCAACCUCCUUUACUAAAAAGUACAUUUUCAUAUCAUCAAGUCUUAUAUUUUAUAAGUGUUUUAUAUUACAGAAGCAUGAAUAUCAUAUGAGAGUCGUGGAAGUGUGUUUGUAUUUGAUGAAUAAAUGUAAUUAUGUGUCGGGCUUUAACUUAUUAAGCCCUUGCCCGGCAUAGAAAACAAAACAAAUUAAGUUAUAU